AUGGUCAACAUCAGCUGUGCAGACCCUUCCCUGCUCAUGGGGAUCCAGAAGUCACCUGGUUCUCCUAUUCACAACCUCGGCUUCCGGUUUGGACCGAACAAGGGCCAACAGGCGCUCUUCUACAUAGUAGGCGUCGUCCUCCAUUGUGAGAUGUGGGGCACUGGCAUCUACAAGUUCAACGCCAGCAAGAAGGAGGCCAAGGGCAUCCAGCUCAUGCUCAUAGGCGACAUGGCUUGCUCAUGUUAUGGUCGCUUCUUCCUCAAUGCCUUCGACAUCAACAAGAGUGCCGUUCCCACCAGGUACAACCAGUUCUGGAACGACGCUACGGAAUCUACCCAGAUCAUCAUGUCCUUCUGGGCCCAUACCUACCUUGUGUCUCCAAAUGUGUCCCAGCCGUCGACUUCUAGAGGGAACACCAACAAUCUCCCUCUGGCCAUCUCCCAUAUGGGGAUCACUCGCACUCAGAAUGUUCGCAGCACCGCCCAGAUGAUCCGCGCCUUCUACAACAACAGCGACAACUACCCCAUCUUUGACGCCAGCCAGCACUUCAAGGUUGACAACCCCGCCCCCGGCUUCCGUGUCGAGGAGCCGUCCAACCUCCCGAUCUACUCCGGCCCAAAGCCGCACAGCAACGAGCUCCGCCUCUAUGACCUUGCUCUGGUGUACUUCACCGUUAACACCUACGGCCGGUCUGAUGUCGACUUUCGCAUCUCUGUGAACCUCGCCGGUGCUGUGAAGCUCGGCAGUCACAAGAUGCAUGAUGUUUAG